AUGAAUAGAUCAAUUUCAUCUUCUGAUUCAGAGGAAACAUCUUUCGUAUUAACUGAAUAAGAAAGAAUUUUAAAGAGUUCAAACAUUUUUAAAUAGAAAGAACAAAGUAAUAACAAAUGUUUAAAACAUCCAAAUAAAAAAGUAAAUGUUAUAUAUAAACUAAGGCAAAAUAUUAUGUAUAAUGUGAUAAAAGUAAAUAAUUUUGUUCAAAAUGUGCACUAACCUUAGCAUUAAAAGGUUUGAAAAUUGAGGAGACAUAAGAGAAUUAACAUGAAAUUCUUAGAUAGCAACGGAUAAAUCGAUUUUAAGAACUAUUGUAAUAGAUAAAAGAAUAAUGUGCAAAUAAAUCUUUAGAAUUUAAUAACUUGGAGGCAAUAUCAGGUAAGUAACUUUAGGAACAUUAAGAUAGUUGUUCAUAAUUCUUUGAUUCUGUUAUUUAGACUGCAAAUUAAUUAAAGCAAACUUAUUUAUAGAAAUUCUAAAAUGAUCAUUAUUUGCUAUUAAAUUCAAUCCAAACUAAAACUAUUUAAAUUAAACAAAUAGAUGCACAAUUAAAGUAAUUUUAGAUUGAUAUUGAAAAAAAUCAUGAAAAUAUUGUGAAGAAAAUGGAUAUGAAACCAUUUGAAGAUAUUAUGAGCCGUUAUGAAAAAAGAGUUCUUCAAACAAAGGAAUAAUUAUAAGAAUGUAGCUAGGAAUUUUAAGUAAAACCAAUUAAAUUUGAGCAAAGUUAAAUUUUGGCAGAUAUGAAUAAAAUGUGUUAUAAUCUAUUAUUAUUAAAAAGCGAUGAAUCAUCAACCUCUGAUAGUCACUCUGUGUAAAUAAAAUUAGAAAAUAGUCCAAAAAUUAGAUAGAAUACAAACAAUUCUCCUGUAGAUAUGAAAGUAUUUGAGAUGUUAGAAGGAGAAGAUAUAUAUUAGAGCACUUAUUCAAAUCCAAUAAAAGAUCAUACUUAAUCUCCUAUUACAAUUCAUCAAUAAUAAUAAUAAAUUUAAAAAUCUAUAACAAAUACUUCUUCAAUAAUACAAAACUCAAGAAGAGAAAGUCGAACAAAUACUCCAGAGAGUUGGUAAUAAAAAACAUUUCUCCAAAAAAACAAUCAACUAAUAACUCCUAAUGAAAGAGAAAGCUACAAGCAUAAUAUAAGUGUAGGAGAAUAAAUUAAUUCAUAAAAAUGUUUAAACAAAUAGUUGGAGAUGAAUGAAAAAUAUUUUGUCUAACAUAAUGAAAAAUAAAAAACAUCUUCUGAAUUUGAAAAACCUCAUGAAUAAUCUAACUAAAUAUUAAUAAACAAUUUAAGUUAAUUGUAUAUGUAAAAAAAUAGUAAAGACACAGAUAGGAAAAGUUUUGAAGAAAAAGAAUAAUUAACUCCAAAACAUUAGAAGAACAUAACAUCUACAGGUCCAUAAACCUUUAAACUCAUUACUAAUCAUGUUAGUUAAAGAUGUAUAACUAUUUUAUUAUAUCUAAGCUUAAUAUUAAUAUCCUUAAGUGAAUAAUAAUUUAUUUGAACAAAAAUGUUAAAAAGAAUACUCAAAAACUAAUUAUGAUUCUUUACCUAAUCAAAAAUCAUUAACUCCACUUCACUAAGAACCUUAAACAAGAAAUAAUUAACAAUAAUUAUAUUAAAAAAUUGAUUCAAAUUAAAAUAAAAGAUCCAAUUCUAAAUAAACUAAAUAACCUUCUUUUGAUUAAAUCGAUGGUAAAAGGUAAUUUAUAUUAGCAAAUAUUAAUUCUUAAUAAUAUACUUCAUAACCUAGUUAACAUGCUUCAAAUGAAGAUACUUUAAAGGACAGAAUUUUAAAAGAAUUAUGUAGUCAUCCUGGUGAGUCUAUUUAUAAUUAAGUUUUAAAAUUAAAUAGUUAACAAAAAUUAAAAAAUCAAAAAUUAAUUUCAAAAGAAAAUAUAGAGUAAUCAUCAACUGUAAGAAAUAAAAAUGGUACUGGAUUAUUAUGUGGUAAAAAGUAAUCUUAUCAAUAAUGA